AUGGCGACUGCUACAAGGACUGGGUGUAUUGCCACUGUAUCAAUAGGCGCCAUCCUCUCCCUCCUUUGCCUGAUAUCCGGGACUUACAUCCUUAAAACCAAUCCAGCAAAACUAGGCGCUUUCCUUUCAAUUUCUUCAAAAGCCAAGGAAGCAUUAGCCCUAGUGAUCAAUUUUGCACUGACGCUCUGCAUCGAUGGCAUGAUGUUCGUGCAUUCCGUUUCGCUGCGUUGGACACUGUAUCAUGAGGGACGGCUGGAGUACAACACCAAUAUUCGCCUCUUCACCAGCUCAAAAACAGUCGGCCCAAACAGAUGGUACAUGAACGUGGUGGCCCUCUUCUUCUUGGUGCUAUCAUAUGGCUCUUCAUCCGUUCUAUUUUUGUCUGAUGAAACCACUCUAUUCCUUGAGAUGGGUGAUCAUGGUAAUCCAGUGAUGAUCAACGCCACAGCUCUGGUAGGACUGGGACUGGGGCUCGCAGGCCAAGCCGCUGUCGCCGGAUGGUGUCUAGCUUCGGGCUGCAAGUUGGUACCGACCUGGAGUUCCAAUCCACUCAACACCACUUUAGCCGCGAUUCGAAAAGGCAACUUCGCUCACCGUCCCGGAAGAUGUAUGCUGUCGGUCCACCAAAAAUAUCUACGGCCGAACCAAGGCGUAUAUCCUGCGGGGAAACAAGGAAGCAUACUUCAAAUCCAGCGUUCGGUGCGAUACAUUCUCGCACUGCUGUGGGCACUCGUCAUACUUGCCAUCGCCUGGACAGUCGCCAUGGUCACUAUGUCUAUGUCCUACGGCAACCAAUAUGCCCCUAUUGAGGGCGUCACGGAACCUUUACCAUGCUGGAGAUUUGGGAUCAACUGGAAUCCAGACAUUUCGGUGUGCUCUAUAAACGUGGUAACGCUGGUUAUGUCCCAAUCCGGUAACACCUACAAGCCAAACUCCGCAACAAUCUCGUACGGUGCGGGGGCAGUACUUUGCGUUGUCUUUGUUUGUCUCGUCCAGAGCAGUCAGACAAUUGGAUUGCACUGUGUGGAGCUACUCGUCAACUUGUCGAGAGACGAAGGGGCUUGGCGACAGGCCUACGGCGAAAAAAAGCAAGAGGCUCCAGGGGCACAGCUAUCCACAAAUCCAUUCCGAGCAGCUCUAUCGAGCUGGGAAAACAUUUUUCUUUUCGUCGCUAAGGCGAUGCUGCAUUGGGUUAUGGGUCAGAGCAUGUUCGUUUCCGUCGCCUUUGGAGACGAAACCCCUGGAAACAAUGCCACGUAUGGGCCCAACACUUUCCUGGUUGCUAUGAUAUAUUCGCGGCUGUUCUUUUUCUCGAUACUAGCCUUUUUCCUCGCAACCUUUGCGACAUACCUGGCUCUCAAGCGAUCUCGAGGCUGCCAACCUGCCACCCUGGGGCAUUUGCAGACUCUGGCCGAUCUCAUCGAUGACUGGAAAACAGACAAGAAUGGCCGCAUAUGGUGGGGGGAUAAAACUCGUCUAUUAGAGGCUGAUGGUGGGCUUCGGCACGCUGGAACAAGUUGGGAUAAGAAGAUGCUUAGUCCAGUCUGUACUGUGGCUAGAUAUGCUGGUGCGAGAACCGAAUCAGAGCUCAAGAUUGGGUCGGUCUCUUAUCGGGCGAAUAAUGGCAGGCCUAGAUACUCUAGAUUUAUGUGA